AUGACAACGAUAGCAACCUCUUCGGAAGUUCUGACGCCGGCGUCGGGGAUGCUCACGAGGCUCGAGAUCUACGGCACCUCGAUUAACCUCCCCAAGGUCCUCCUCCUUGUCCUCGUCAACUUAAUAUGGUCAUCUGGAACUUUCGCCGAAAGCUUCAGCCCUAUCAGUCCUCUAACACGCUUUGAUGCCAAGGGUCAAUUGCCUCAAAGUGAUGCUGCUGCUCGAGCUGUGUCAAGAGGGGCUCCUCUCAUCGCGCUCUCUCUCGGAGAGGCGAUAUUGUUGGUUGCGCCGAGACAAGACAGUCGCACACUUCUCCUCGCCGCCCAACAAGCCGCAGCCGAUCAUGAAAACCGUUUUGGAGAGGACAUUCCUGUGGCUGAGGUUGUGGAAGUAAUUGCCGCCAAGCAGCAGGAAGCCACGAUGCAAGGACGGCGCCGCCCGUACGGAUCCAGUAUCCUUAUUGCAGGGUUGCUAGAGGAGACCCCAGACCCCGCCACCAAGAGCAACAAGCAGCUUUUCCCGCGCAUUUAUAAAACAGAUCCCUCGGGCACUUUCACUCUUUGGAAGGCCUGCGCCGUUGGGCGGGGCGCGGAGACAGCCAUGACCGUCCUGGAGGAAAAGUACGAGCCCGACAUGGAUCUUCGAGACGCUUUGAAGCUUUCCCUCGACUGCUGCCGGGCUCUGUUGGAAAAUGGCGGUGUUAUAGGAGAGGAGGUAAACAAAGGGAAGGAGGAUAAAAGCGAGGUGGAAAGAAGUCAGCAGGGCGGGAGCGAGGAGACGGGGGCGGCGCGCGAAGAGAAGGGAGAUCGAGCGCGCGUGGGAGUGGACGUUGCCCUGGUUUCCAAUGAGGGUGUGGCACUAUGGGAGUCCAUAUCACCUAUGGAAGAGAUACUCGAGCUUGUCAAUAGAAGUGACGCCAACGCAGCAGUCGCUUCUUCAAAGGAGAAGUAGGUGGAAGUCCGAUGCGAAUGUCAGUUGGCUGAUCAGAACAGUCGCCUCCUCUUCAGGUCUCAAGUCACACUUUAAAAUGUGAUUGGAGUGUAAUGCGGAGGAAGGCAAGUGGAGACAGGGCAAGAAUUGUUCCGAAAGUCAUCCUCUGUUUCGCCUCGUCUGGGAACAUAUCUUUGCAGAAACUCGGAAAUGAGGAUCACUAUUCAGCCACUUACCAUUGUUAGGUUCUAUAGAAUAUUUAAGUCACAGGCAUGAUAUUUAUGGCACGGUUUUGUAGUCACUCGCAAAGUACAAUUGCUGCCGUCGAGGCAAACUCGAUUUCUCUAAGGGCGUCGAUCUCUUUGUUCCACAUGCACAAGAUGAUUCAUUUCAAACCUACUUCUUUGCGUCGUUACAAG